AACAUUUGAUGCCAUUUCGGAGGACAGGAGUGGGCGAGAAUAAUUAAUCGUUUACAAUAUAAUACAAUUAUGGGAAAUUAAAUAGCUUAGCGGAAUAUAUCGCUCAAUCAAAACAUAACGGCAGCCGAGUUGAGAUGGAGAGCCGUCGCACAGUAACACGAAGGUCGAGAAAUCAACGCAUCCGACUCAUCAAAUGACAUCACCACACGCUCGUUUGCCAACCUGUAGCCUAGGUGUGGUGGGCUCGAGGGCGGUCAGUGUUUGGUGUCAACAAACAAACACUUCCACAUCAUCGCGCUCGGAUUCUUCCACGGAGGCAGAGGGACACGGACAUAGUCGCCCCCAUGCCCCGCUUCCCGGGGAGGACUGCGGACGUGGCCGCUAACCUGACUUCCCCCGUGCUGGGUCGGCCACUGUGCGCUAACGGGACGCCCUGGAUCCUCUACCUGUUUGAGGAAUGCGUGGAGAAUGUGUGGGAAUACUGGAGCGUAGUCAUCGGGCUGAUUUCAAUGUUCUGUUUCUUGCUGUCUACUCUACCGCAAGUCUAUGAGGCUUAUCGCAAUGGUAAAGUGGAGGAGGCCAUGUCGUUUGGCUUUCUGCUCUUCCUCUUCAGUGGGGACCUCAGCAGUCUAAUAGGCUGUGUCCUGACCAGCCAGCUGCCCAUCCAGAUUGUGACAGUAGUGUUCUACAUCUUCACUGAUCUCCUGCUCAUCUCCCAGUUCCUCUACUACAAGAUAAAGAACAACUCAUCUAAAAAGCGCCCCACGUUGAAGUGGUUGUGUUUCCUGUGGUGCGGGGCUUCCACUGUGGCCCUCCUGAUCCUCCCCAAGUUUAUCACUGACAACAACCCCUCCGCCAACACUCAGAGUGCCUCUAACAGUGUGGAGAUCUCUGGUUAUGCCUGUGGAUACCUGGCCUCCAUAUUCUACCUCUCCUCUCGUUUUCCACAGCUCUACAAAAAUUUUAAGCGGCAGUCUACAGAGGGCACGUCGUACCUGCUGUUUGCCCUGGCCAUGAUGGGCAACGGGACCUACGGGCUCAGUGUCAUUGUGGUUCUACCAGCUCUGGCCGGCUCAAAACAGGCCUUCAUCCUCAAACAUCUGGCCUGGCUCAUCGGCAGCCUGGGAGUCCUCCUCCUAGACUUCUUUGUCACCGCCCAGUUCAUCAUCUAUAGGAACAACCACUCCGCUAAAACCAGCAAGAAGAUGAACGUUCCUGAAGUAGAACCUCUGCUCUGUGAAGAGGAGGAACUGUCCACGUUCUAGAGUGAGAACAAUAUGGAAGUUCUAGAGUGAGAACAAUAUGGAAGUUCUAGAGUGAGAACAAUAUGGAAGUUCUAGAGUGAGAACAAUAUGGAAGUUCUAGAGUGAGAACAUUAUGGAAGUUCUAGAGUGAGAACAUUAUGGAAGUUCUAGAGUGAGAACAAUAUGGAAGUUCUAGAGUGAGAACAAUAUGGAAGUUCUAGAGUGAGAACAAUAUGGAAGUUCUAGAGUGAGAACAAUAUGGAAGUUCUAGAGUGAGAACAAUAUGGAAGUUCUAGAGUGAGAACAAUAUGGAAGUUCUAGAGUGAGAACAAUAAAAGAUAAUUCUAGAAAUCCUCUCCAUAAUCAAUCAAUCAAAUGUAUUUAUAAAGCCCUUUUUACAUCUGUAGACGUCACAAUGUGAUAUAUGUAGAAAAUCAGCCUAAACAACCCCAAAC